UCAAGACCAACUGUCUUCUCGGCUCAAAGCCGAACUCAAAGCCGAGCUCAAAGCCGAGCUUCCUUCUUCUUCUCUUCUUCUUCCAACUGAAAUGAGCACUCCAUUAUUACAUAGCUUUUGCAAUUUCCGAAAAUUUAAUAUAAGUAAAAAAAAGUCAAUUUACGAGUGAUGUGAUGAUGUAAAAUUCAACUACUUGUUAAUCAUGUAAACAUCUGAUAAACUAGAUUCAGUCAUAUAAAUAGUUUUUCCAAAGCAGUAAUAUAGUGUAUUCCUUUCUAAAUUGCUUGAAUCUUUUUUAAUUAUACAAAUCUAAAGUAUAAGUAUUGGUUUAAUUAGUACUACUAGUAGUAAUAAUGACUUGAUUUUUUGUAAAAUGCAAAAGGGAAAAACAUUAGUAUUUGGUCAGUUGGUCUAAUGAUGACUUGAAUUUGUUAACUAGUGUACUAUACAAAAUGGCAAAAUAUUGGUGUUGGCAUAUUUAGGACUCAAUUAUAAUCAUAAUUCAAGCGUAUUGCCCAAAUGGAUAAAUUGGAUUUGAUUGUUUGUUCCUAAGGUUCUAUAAAAAUUUAUAACUAAUCCAAAAUUGAAUUGAAGUACGUUUUAUUAUUAAAUAAAUCUAUUUUUGGUCUCAAAUAAUACGAAUUAGUUAAAACUAAUAAUAUUUUUAGUUAAAUCGUAACAGUCACUAGAACCAUAUAAAAAGCUCCAAGCCUCCCAUAGAGUCGAGUAACUAAAUAGAAAAUCAGAUUUUUUGUUAAAUUUUUUAAUAAUAUUAAAAAAAUUAACUUAUGAAUUUCAUAAAAUUUGCUCUAACAAAUAAAAUCAACAAUUUUGUUCUAAAUAUAAUCAUAUUUAAAUCAAUUAUAUUAUGGGCAAAAAAAUACCAAACAAAAUAUUAAAAAGCAAAAUAUUAUAAACAACACAAAAUAUGUACAUUUCUAAUUCUACCUUUUCAAGUUAGUAAUGAAGUGAUCAGAUAGAUUGAAUGUGUAUCAUUUAAGGCCAACACUUACCAAACAUAGUGAAGUAGGUUAGAUAGAUCAAAUAUGUUAGCAAUGCAGUUAUUAUUUUGUAUAGUUUGUAAUAUUCGAGAUUUACUGAAAAUGCAAAAAAAUCCGAUCUUUAUUGUUAAAAGGCAAAAGAAUAAUUACAAACAUAAAAAUAAAUAAGAUAUUAUAAUAUUAAAGAGAAAAGGGAAAACAAUUGAUCCACUUUUUUUUUAACGUAGUUGUCUAUUGUAUAGUUUGUUGUAAUCCAGAUUUACCGAAACCUCAAAAUUCGAUCUUUUUGUUAAAUAGCAAAAAGAAUAAUUUUUGAAAAAAGGAAAAAUAAAAAUAAAAUAAAACAAGAUAUUACAAUAAUAUCUAAAUAGAAAAGGGAAAAUAAUUAAUCAUUAUCAGGGGUCGCUUGCCCUCACAUGCCACGCGUACAACGCCUAAGAGCUGCGCAAAGACCGCUUGUACAUGAUCCUUACAACGUUGUACGCUCGCUGCGUGCGUGUGUGAACGGAAUGGAUAAAAAGGUUCCAUAUUUUGGUAGGAAAACUCUCUCUCUCCUCUUCUCUUCCCAUUGAACAACCGUUGCCUGCACCGUCAAGGAAUCCCUUUCUCUCUCUAAAAUUCACAUAAAUACAUCCAGUAAAGAUUUUAUAUACAGCCGUUGUACGUGUCUCUUUCCACACGUUUGUUUCAAUAAAUCAAUUAAAUUAACCCUCGUUUGUUGCCCAGCGCGUUGGUUGAUUUUCCAUCAGCAUGAAGAGAGUGAUGGAGGUGCCAUAUCUUACAUGAAUUGUUCAUGCCAGGAUACUAAAGUUUCAAGCUUUUAGUUUUCGGUGUGUGUAUAAGCUCAUGGCGUGUGUUGCUAUCCCACCGUUCUUUUGCACAAGUGUACAAGCCUUAUCGUUUUUGCAGUUUCAGGAGUGAAUAGGAUUUUUUCUCCCGCAGUAUUUUCUUAUUUGAUGAUGUAAACAGUACAAUCGUGCUUGAGAAGAUGUGCUAGACUAAUUGCUAAGUCGAACAUGUUAGUAUCCAUACUCAGCUUCAUAUGCUUAUAGUCAAUAAGCCACAUAUCUGAUGCAGUUGGAGGAGAGUGUAAUUGACGUCUCAAAUUUGGGGUUCUAGUAAGCUUCUUCUUUUCUGCAGUUAGAUACCAAUUGAUAUUGCAUUCAGCCUUCCCUUACUAUCAGAGUAAGAUAAAUCGCUGUUAAUAAAAGGAAAAAUGAUUAUAGGGGUUACCUGAGUACUGCUAUUGAGACUUCACCAAAUAUAUUGUGUAUCUCAAUAAACUGGAUAACAUGUUUACUGAGACAUCCUUCAGUGAAAAUGCUGGUGAGAUCAGGGCAGCGUCAUCUCCGGAUGAUCUCAAUUUUGGCAUUGGAAAAUUGUAUGUGUCACCCGAACCAUAUGAAUCCACUCAUGUGAGAGAUGAUGAAUCAUCUGAUGUGAUGCUCAGAUCAGAUGUUUCAGCCGCAGACGGACUUCUUUCACCUUUUCAUUCCAUCAACUUUGCUGAGCAACCAUUGCUGGGGAAUGACAUGGCAAUUAGCCUUGUCAAAAUUGAUGCUAUUGGUUCUAUUUCUGAAGCUAAGCAGCAAGGACAGAUACAUGGUGAGGGACAAGGUUAUAGUUUACAUUAUUCCUCUGAUUCUGAGAGGAUUCAGGGUCCCUCUAUACAUGGGGAUGGUGAAGCUGAGGUUGCUGAUCAAAUUGAGAGGACCCAACAAUCAAAUGAUCUUAUUGUAUACGCAUCGUCUCGGAGGAAUAGUUCCCGCAGCACUCUUGAUAAAUUAAACCAUAUUAAUGAUUCUAAGCUACCAUCAAGAAGUUGUACGGUGAUCACCCCAAAAGACUCACCCUCGCAGACUUCUAGAAAGAAAAGAAGUUUACUCUCCAAGCGGGCUAAAUCUUCUGUUUGGGGAUUUGUGGAUUUACCAAAUUUUGAAGAAAACCCAUGUUUAGGUAAUGGUAAUAUAGUAGGGAAAAUAAGAGGUAACCAAGGUAAGAGCAAUGUUAUCAAGGACAAGACAGGUCAAAAAGCUGUCUGCAAAAGCUCCACUCCAACUGGUCGCAUCUCUUUGAAGAUUAAAUUUGGCAAUCAAAUCUGUGGUGUGGUCAAUGUGGCUGAAAAUUGUAACAUAUCAGGGACAAGCAUUUCUGGAUCAUGUGACAAAAGUGAAAGUAAGUUUCAGGAGGAAUUUCCUGGAGAUAUGUUAUCCAAUGAAAACAACAUGGAGAAUGUGAUAAGUUCUGAUGCAUCUGCUUUGGAUGCACAUCUUGAUGUUACAUGUAGUGUAGAAAAUAAAUCCUUGAGUACAUUAAGUGAUCAUCAGAUCAGCAGCCAUAAACAAGGGUAUAAUUUGAGAGCUCCCACUGAGAAUAGGUGUUCAGAUCCAGGAACUUCACCUGAUUCUGAAGUUAUAAACUCUAUUCCUGAUGCACCACUUGGUGAGAGAGAUAUCCAUGAUCUGCAAGAUAGUCCUGGGAUGCCACUGGAAAGAAGUAGUGGGGAAUGCUUUGCAAACUCAUCUGCUGGGGUUUCAAGUUUAAGUUCCCCAAAACUGAAAUCUAAAAAAGGAAAGAAGACAACUGGUGAAGAAGCCAAACAUAAAGCUAGAGCACCUCUAGGCCAUGAAGUGAACCCUUCUCCUGAACUUUCUGAUGUAACUGAGUCCUCAAAAUCGCAGGCCCACUCUAGGGCGAAGGGAGGAUGCAAGAGCAGGAAUAGUAUCUUGGAUUUGCCCCGCAAGAAAGGAAAAUCCUCUAGAAAGAAGGGAGAUAAAAAGAACUUUGUUGUUAAGUUUAAAAUUGAUCCGAAGGGCGAUGCAAGUGGUGUUCUUAGCAAAGUGGGAAGCCAUCCAGAAGCAGGAAAUCAAACGCUCCCUGAUCAUGGAGAAAUUGGAGAUCUUAGCUCUCCUCCUACUGAAUCAGGAUUUGUAUCUUCAUCUGGUUGGCCAAAUGGUCAGAAUGCUCUUCCAAUGAAUGCAUGGGUUCUCUGUGAUGAGUGCCAAAAAUGGCGGCGGAUUCCAGCUACACUUGCAGAUCAGAUUGAUCAAACAAACUGCCGAUGGACUUGCAAGGAUAACACUGAUAAAGACCUUGCUGACUGCUCAAUUCCUCAAGAGAAAUCAAAUUCUGAAAUCAAUAAAGAGCUGGGAAUAUCUGAUGAUGAAGAUGCUGGCGACACCUUGCCGAAGUCCAAUAAAAACAAAUCAACAGCUGCUAAACAGUCAUCUUGGACCCUUAUUAAGUCAAACUUGUUUCUCCACCGAAGCCGUAAAACUCAGACCAUCGAUGAGGUGAUGGUUUGCCAUUGCAAACCUCCAUCAGAUGGAAGAAUGGGUUGUGGAUCUAAAUGCCUUAAUCGGAUGCUAAACAUUGAGUGUGUUCGAGGAACUUGUCCUUGUGGUGAACUUUGUUCGAAUCAGCAGUUCCAAAAACGGACGUAUGCAAAACUCAAAUGGUUAAGGUGUGGAAAGAAGGGUUUUGGUCUCCAAUCUCUUCAGGAAAUCUCUGAAGGACAGUUUCUCAUUGAAUAUAUUGGAGAGGUACUUGAUGUCCACACUCAUGAAGCCAGGCAGAAAGAGUAUGCUUUGCAAGGGCAUAAACAUUUUUACUUUAUGACACUGAAUGGGAGUGAGGUAAUUGAUGCGUGUUCUAAAGGGAAUUUGGGCCGCUUUAUAAACCAUAGUUGUGACCCUAACUGCCGGACUGAAAAGUGGAUGGUGAAUGGAGAAGUCUGUGUUGGACUUUUUGCUAUUAGAGAUAUUAAAAAGGGUGAAGAGGUAACAUUCGACUACAAUUAUGUGCGUGUAUUCGGUGCUGCUGCAAAGAAAUGUGUUUGUGGUUCACCUAAUUGCCGAGGCUAUAUAGGUGGGGAUCCAACAAAUUCUGAAGUAAUUGUUCAGGAUGACUCAGAUGAUGAAUAUGCAGAACCUGUUAUGAUCUGUGAAGAUAGGGAUAUGAAUCAUGACUGGACUGCUAUAAUGUCUCAAUCCUUAUUUGAGAAAGAAAUAAAAUGUAGAGAUGAGCUAGAAGAAGACAGAGACACAAUAGAGAAUGCCAAUGCUUCUGAUCAAAUUGAGAGCAUCAAUUCAGGCACUUCACAUAAAAGAUUAGGUGUGAAUUCUGAUUCUAAUGGAUGCUCUAAGACUUCAACUGCUACACGAGUUGUGGACAUGACAGUCCAUGAUAAAUAUGGACCUGCCAAUGCUACUAGUGUUAAUGAUGUUGCUUCUGAUCCCGCUCUUACACCUUUGGAUACUGCUGAAGAGGGCUUGAAUAUUUCUGGAUCAGCUAAUAUGGAGGCUGAAUCUGAGAGCCUCCUGCCCCAGAGCAGUUCUCCUGUUAAACAUAAGGAAGCUUCCCUUCGAUCAGAGGAACUUAGGAAUAACACAGUGUCGAAAACUCUGCAUGCCAGUAAUAGGUUGAAGAUGCCUACUACUACAUCACCUGUAAAAUUGCAGCCUGAUGCAGUUAAAUCUAAGAAAAAGUUGAAAUAUGGCACUAUGCGAGGAAAGGAGGAAUCCUCAAAGUCUGGAUCUCUUUCUAAGACUUAUCAUUCAUCACCAUCAAUUAGAAAUGGGAGACUCAAAUCAAAUGUCGUGAAUGACAAAGGGGCUCCAGAUGGGGAUAAGUUAAACGCAGUACGCAACAAAUCUAAGAAGUCACCGGGCCUUUCCAUUAGCAGUCAUGUUGAAGCAGUUGAGGGGAAAUUGAAUGAGUUGCUGGAUACUGAAGGUGGAAUAAGCAAGUGCAAAGAUGCCUCAAGAGGGUACUUGAAGCUUUUGUUUCUAACCGCUGCAUUUGGGAGUAAUGGGCAUGGCGAAGCUAUUCAGAGUAAUCGAGAUCUUUCAAUGAUCUUGGAUGCACUCUUAAAGACAAAAUCACGGACUGUUCUGGUUGAUAUAAUCAACAAGAAUGGUCUGCAGAUGUUACACAACAUAAUGAAGAGGUACAGAAAAGAGUUCAUUAAAACUCCAAUCCUGCGCAAGCUUCUUAAGGUACUUGAAUAUCUUGCGACAAGAGAAAUCCUUACUUUGGAGCACAUAAGCGGAGGUCCACCUCGUCCUGGUGUCGAAAGCUUCAAAGAUUCAAUGUUGACCCUGACAGAACAUGCUGACAAACAGGUCCAUCAAAUUGCACGAAACUUCAGGGAUAAGUGGAUUCCGAGAUCCCUCCGGAAAAAGUGCUUCAUGGAAAUGGAUGAUGGGAAGAGGGAAUUUCGCCAGCAGUCAACAAAUGGUAAAUUAUCAGUAUCAUCAGGAGAUCAUAGGAAUGGCCGAGGUGGAAAACAUGCAGAUUCAGUAGAAUCUUGUGACAAGCAGCCCGUUGUUGUAUCUGGUAUUGAGACUUCAGCCCCAAACCUCUCCUCUGCUUCAGGUUGUAGUAAUGGAACUAAUGGAACAAGAACACGCAAGCGCAAGAGUAGAUGGGAUACCCCUCCGGAGGAAUGCAUGCAUCCCAAUAUUAGAGCCAGAUUGUCAGUUGACAGAAACCAAAAUGCUGACAAUGAUAUUCCUCCUGGGUUUUCGACUCCUUGUAAUGACUCUAUCAUCCCAGCUACUACUUGUUCGAAUGCUAUUAGUCAUCAAGAGAGAGAGACAUUCAGAAAGCAUCCAUCUGGCAUUGUGCUGGCAGAUUCACAAGAUAGAUUCGUUGCACGCAUGCCUGUAUCUUAUGGUAUACCCUCUUCUCUCAUGCAACAAUUUGGGGUCAUUGGAGAAGCCGCUGCGGUUUGGACUGUAGCUCCGGGUUUGCCAUUCCACCCCUUUCCUCCUUUGCCUCCAUGUGCUAGCGACAAGGGAGAAGAGCCAUCGCCAGUUGCUAAAUGUGUUAACGAACCGCUUGAAAAGUCAAGACAAGAUGAUGUUGCUAGUCAUGUUCGUUACUCUGGUAAGAAACGUACACCGACAGAAAUGAAUAUUUCAAUAGAAAAUGAGCAUCCAGAUUUUCAGCAAGAAGAGGGUUCUCGUAAAUUAGGCAGCAGAAGUGGGGGAACUCAGGUGUAGAUUCGGGAAACGGGACAAAUAAGUUUGGAGACUCAUACAGCUCGGAGGAUUUUAACCGGAGAGGAGUUUAGAACUGCAAUUCAUCACCAUUCAUUAUAAAGAGUUAGCAUCAUUUUAAUAGGAGAUUUUUCAAGGAGCUUCUAAAAUUGUGUAAUGCUCCUUUACAAUGUAUGUAAUUCUUGACUGCACAGCAAUACCGAUACUGAAAUAUUCUUUUAUUUCUUUAAGUUUUAUUCUCAACAGUAGGUAUUAAAUGCACUUUUCGACUUAGAGCAGGUGACCAUUCUUCACUUUGUAAAACAUUUAUCUUAUAAGUUUUGGUUCAUCUCCA